AUGGAGACGCUGCAGCUGGCAGAGCAGAACCUGGUGGCCAAGAUGGUGGGCACGGCCGGGGGCCAUCUGCUGGAGAAGGAGGCUGAGGUCCGCAUCUUCCACUGCUGCCAGUGCACCUCCGUGGAGACAGUCACAGAGCUGACUGAGUUCGCCAAGUCUGUCCCCGGCUUCUCCAGCCUGGACCUGAACGACCAGGUGACUCUGCUGAAGUACGGAGUGUACGAGGCACUGUUCGCCCUGCUGGCCUCCUGUAUGAACAAGGACGGCCUCCUGGUGGCCUACGGAUCGGGCUUCAUCACCAGGGAGUUCCUCAAGAGUCUGAGGAGGCCCUUCAGCGACAUGAUGGAACCCAAGUUCCAGUUCGCCAUGAAGUUCAACGGGCUGGAGCUGGAUGACAGUGACCUGGCCUUGUUUGUGGCCGCCAUCAUCUGCUGUGGAGGUAAGAGAGAGAGGGAGAGGCUGGGAUCUGGGGUUAAUGACCACUAAUUAGUACACCAAUGGGUAGUUACCACUAAUUGGUAGUUAAUUACUGCUGUUAUUACUUAUCUUCUUGAUGGAUUUGCUCUUCACCUCUAUGCCAAUCAUAAUGUCUCUUCUUGGGUUGGCAUAAUCCACCUUCUUUCUCUAACUUUCCUCUCCUCUUUCCUCUCUCUCAGACCGUCCUGGCCUGGUGAACGUUGGCCACAUCGAGCGAAUGCAGGAGAACAUUGUUCAGGUGCUGCGGCUCCACCUGCUGGCCAACCACCCAGACGACACCUUCCUCUUCCCCAAGCUGCUGCAGAAACUGUCCGACCUCCGGCAGCUGGUCACCGAGCACGCUCAGUUGGUCCAGGAGAUCAAGAAAACAGAGGACAUGUCGCUCCACCCCCUGCUGCAGGAGAUCUACAGAGACAUGUACUGA